UUUACCAUAUUAAGCGUCAAAGAAAGUACAUAGACUUACACAGUGAGUUGUUGUAAUGUAUUUAUGUGAUCCUUGAACGUUAUCCUUUUUGUCUAAAGCCUGUGCACUGAAAUCAAAGCUAAAAGACAUAAUCACUAAAAGCUUACCUAUCCAACUGCAGCCAAACACAGUACAGCCUUUGCUACAUUCCUUAUGAGUCUAACUCAGUUUUCAACUUCUAUGAAUUUUGGUUAAUUUCAUUUGUGUCAUAGUUGAUAGAUAUUAGACUAAUUCAUAGAUGGAGAAAAAGGAAUCAUCAGCUAAUUCUGGAACCAGUAAAGAAUCUGUGAACAAAUGGAUGGCAUUUGCUAACAAACCAGAUGAAAACUCAACAUCAACAAAGGCUCCUUCUGGUGAUAAUGAUCAAAUUCUAACCGAAGCAAGUAUAGCCGAGAGAGCUGCGGAAUGGGGACUAGUGGUAAACUCAGGCAAUUUGGUAGCAGCAGUUGAGACAAGUUCUUCUUCAUUGGAUGGUGAUAAGAGCAAAGGCAUGUCAGAUAGGUUUGCUGAUUCGACAAGGACUUCAGGGGAAUCGAAUUAUGGUUCGGAGGCUAAAUUGUCGGGGCUGUUUCCAAGAGUUUCGCAAGAAUUGAAGGACGCGUUGUCUACACUUCAACAAACAUUUGUUGUCUCAGAUGCAACUAAACCUGAUUGUCCUAUCUUGUAUGCAAGCAGUGGUUUUUUUAGUAUGACUGGUUACUCUUCUAAGGAGGUUAUUGGAAGGAAUUGCCGAUUUCUUCAAGGACCUGAAACUGACCAGAACGAAGUAGCAAAAAUUCGGGAUGCAACGAAGAAUGGGAAAAGUUAUUGUGGCAGGCUUUUAAACUACAAGAAAAAUGGAACUCCGUUUUGGAAUCUUCUCACUGUCACUCCAAUUAAGGAUGAUCGUGGCAAUACUAUCAAAUUCAUUGGAAUGCAGGUUGAGGUGAGCAAAUACACAGAAGGUGUGAAUGAGAAGGCACUAAGACCAAAUGGAUUACCAAAAUCAUUAAUUCGCUAUGACGCUCGUCAAAAGGAGGAAGCUAUGGGUUCAAUCACAGAGGUUGUUCAAACCGUUAGGAAUCCAAAAUCGAUUAUUCGCAGUAAGAACGAUGACACUGCAACCAUCAUGCAUGAAGAGCCGGAGAAUCUCAAUCAUGAUUUUGUUUUGCCAAAGUCUGUUGAACCUGUGAACGACACUACAACACCUGGUAGACAAACUCCACUGAAAUUCCAUGGCGAUAAUAAUAAUAUGUCGCGCUUUAGUUCUUACGAGGAAAGGAACAACAAAUCAUCAAGAAAAUCUGGAAUUACUUCUUUGAAAGGUGUUAAAGGGAAAUCUAUGAGUUCUGUAGGGAGAGAUAAGGACAAGACUAUUGUUGAACCUGAAGUUUUGAUGACAAAGGAAAUAGAGUGGUCCAAAUAUGAGCUAAGAGAGAGGGAUAUAAGACAAGGAAUUGAUCUAGCAACCACAUUGGAGAGGAUAGAAAAGAAUUUUGUGAUUUCUGAUCCUAGACUUCCAGAUUGUCCAAUUAUAUUUGCAUCAGACAGCUUUCUCGAGCUUACAGAAUAUACACGAGAAGAAAUUUUGGGUCGAAACUGUCGGUUUCUUCAAGGACCAGAAACAGACCAAGCAACUGUCAAUAGGAUUAGAGAUGCUAUCAAAGAUCAGAGGGAAAUCACAGUUCAGCUGAUCAACUAUACAAAAAGUGGAAAGAAAUUCUGGAAUUUGUUUCACUUGCAACCUAUGCGUGACCAAAAGGGUGAACUUCAAUACUUCAUUGGUGUACAAUUAGAUGGAAGUGAUCAUUUAGAACCUUUAAGAAACCGCCUGUCCGAGGGUUCUGAGAUACAAAGUGCUAAAUUGGUGAAAGCCACUGCAGAAAAUGUUGAUGGAGCUGUUAGAGAACUUCCUGAUGCCAAUUUGAGACCAGAAGAUUUGUGGGCAAUUCAUUCUCAAGCAGUUUCCCCAAGACCACACAAAAGGGACAAUCCUUCUUGGGUAGCUAUUCAAAAGAUAACUGCAAGAGGAGAGAAAAUUGGGCUUCAUCAUUUUUCUCCCAUAAGGCCCUUGGGUUGUGGAGAUACUGGCAGUGUUCAUUUAGUGGAACUCCAAGGUACUGGCGAACUAUAUGCAAUGAAGGCAAUGGAAAAGUCUGUAAUGCUAAAUCGUAAUAAGGUUCAUCGAGCGUGCAUUGAAAGAGAGAUUAUAUCAUUACUGGAUCAUCCUUUUCUUCCAACACUAUACACCUCAUUUCAAACAGACACACAUGUAUGUUUGAUUACUGACUUCUGCCCUGGGGGCGAGUUGUUUGCAUUACUCGACAGGCAACCCAUGAAGAUUUUAAAAGAAGAUUCAGCAAGGUUCUAUGCAGCAGAGGUUGUUAUUGGUUUGGAAUAUCUCCAUUGUUUGGGUAUAAUUUAUCGUGACUUAAAGCCUGAAAAUCUCUUACUUCAGAAGGAUGGCCAUAUUGUAUUAACUGAUUUUGAUCUAUCGUUUAUAACAUCCUGUAAACCCCAGGUUGUGAAGCAGUCAUUACCUGGUAAUAGAAGAAGAUCUCGAAGUCAGCCACCACCUAUAUUUGUUUCCGAGCCAGUAACACAAUCAAACUCAUUUGUUGGAACUGAAGAAUACAUUGCCCCGGAAAUCAUAACCGGAGCGAGGCAUACAAGUGCUAUAGAUUGGUGGACCCUUGGAAUCUUGUUGUAUGAGAUGCUAUAUGGUCGCACACCAUUUAGAGGAAAGAAUAGACAGAAGACAUUUUCCAACAUCUUACACAAGGAUCUUACCUUUCCAAGCAGCAUCCCGGCUAGUCUUGCAGCCAGGCAGUUGAUUAAUGCACUAUUGCAAAGAGACCCUGCCAGUCGUCUAGGUUCAGCAACAGGAAGCAAUGAAAUCAAACAACAUCCUUUUUUCCGUGGAAUCAAUUGGCCUUUAAUCCGCAACAUGAGUCCACCCCCAUUAGAUGUUCCUCUUCAAUUCAUAGGAAAAGAUCCAACGGCCAAGGACAAGAAGUGGGAAGAUGAUGGUGUUCUCAAUACCUCCAUUGAUAUGGAUAUUUUUUGAAGUUCAACAGAAGAUUCGUCAGUAUGGGAUGUUUUGUUAUAGUGAUUCAUGUUUCAAAACAAUCACUAUAACUGAGAUAUUCAAGUGCAAGAACUUCGUCUAUCGAUCUGGUUGGUGUCCAUUGCCAUAUUGCGUAGGGUCAGCAUAAAAGUAUCAUGUACAUUGAAUAAAGCCAGAAGAUGUUUUACUGUUUGAGACAUGCUUCAUAGUUUACGCUCAUGGACGAUACAUCAAUAUUGUAUUUUUGUAAAUGGCUUAAAAUCGUAACUGAGAGUAGCACGAAGAGAAUUAAACAUAGCAUGUAAAAUCAUAUGUUGUAUCAUUAUCAAAGGUUGUUUGUGCAUUUGUCAACCUAAACCAAUGCAGAUAGAGAAAAACUCGUCAUUGAUGUAAGUUUUUGUUUAUAUUGUA